UUAUAAACCACUUUAUCGCCACUUCCUCAAACUUCUUCACACAUCUCGUCUUUAUGUCCAUCAGAUGUCUCUUUCUGACAGACAGCACAGAUCGGCUCGGCUCGGCUGAUAGACAUGAGGUCUCUGCUGUUACUAACAGUGUUGUUGGCUCUCAUAAGGGAAGGUGAGGGACAGAAACCAACAGUGUCUCUCCGGCCAAACUUCCCAAAGGUGUUUGUUGGAGAUGACGUCACUCUGAUCUGUAACCAUAAAAAAGCGAAUAAAACAACAAAAUGGUUUUAUGCCGGAAAACAACAGCCACGUGAGGAUUGUUUAAUGCUUCUUACUGCAGUGACACCAGAAAACAAUGGACAGUAUGAAUGUGAGCAGGACGGAACGAGAAGCGACCCGUUCAACCUCGUUGUGCUGGACCUAGAGCCUUUCGCUCAGCUCUCUCCAGCUGCAGGAGGUGCUGUGAUGACCAAAGGAGAUGGAAGACACCUGGUGCUGCAGGCAGAUGAUGAUCUGAAGGACUGGUCUUGUUUUGUGUUGAGGGGAGUGAGCACCUUCGCUCUCAAAGUCGAUGUUGAUGAGAAGAUGAACAGAGCUGUUAUAUUUGCAGAAUUUAAGGAGGCAGAAAGAGCCACUUUCUGGUGCAAGAAAAAGAAAGAUGUUCCUCGUAGCAAUGCUGUGACGCUGAAAAAGACAGAGGUCAGGGUGAUGUUGGAUCCUCCGGCCGUUCCUGCGCUGCAGGGGGAGCCUGUGGCUCUCAAGUGUGUCGUCUGGGGUGGACCGAAGGUGGACAAAGCCAUCUUCUAUAAGAAUAACAAUGUAAUCAAGAGCUCAUCUGAAGACACAUACACCAUCUCCCACGCCACACAAAGUGAUAACGGCAAGUACAGCUGCCACGCCACCUACAGUUUCAGUCACAUCAACAAACAAGCUGCAUGGCUGGAAGGAGAUUCUGAUGCUCAGGAGUUAAAGAUUAUAGGUGGACCUCCUUCUGCAGUGAUUUCAGUGUCUGCUAACAAUCUGCAGUGUUCCUGUCCUCACUGUCCUGAUGGAUGCACAUCCUAUGAAUGGUAUAACAUACACUUUGACGAUCCACACGCACGCGUAAAACUACCUGAAAACGGCGAGUAUACAUUAAACAAAGAAGGAAAGUUCAUCUGCCGGAGGGAAUGCGGGGAAGGUUUCUCUCGUUUCAGCCACCAUUUCAUCAACAAAGGAUCAGAUACUACAAACUUGGUGCCAAUCUUGGUGGCGGCGUUUGCCAUCUUUCUCGGGUUCUUGAUCAUCCUGCUGGUCGCGCUGAAACGCAGACGUGGAAGAAGCCCCAUCCAGGAUAAAGACAAGAAGACAGGUGGAGACUAUGAGCAAAUCCAACUCAAGGGCAAAGAUCAGGGGGUUUAUCACACCCUGGGCGAGAGCCAGAGCAAGGACCAGGCCGAGGGGGGUUACGAACCCCUACAAAAGAAGCAGGAGGAGGGUGUGUACCACACAGUAGGACCUGGAGAGGGUCAAAGUGAAGGUCAAGGUGGUUACGAGGCUCUUAAGAACGUCAAAGCUGAGGUGUACCAGACGCUGAGUUCAGAAGGCUCAAAAAAGCCAACAGGAGAAGCAGAGGGAGGGUAUGAGCAGCUUCCUCAGAAAGACAAAGAUUACGAGGUCGUGAAAGUGGAGGAAAAUCCAUACGAAGAACUGAAAAAGCAGAAGGGCACAGAGAAAGAAUAAGGGAAUCCUGGAAAGAAUAAGCACCACAAUAAUGAGAUGACUGUUUAGUCACUGAAGACAAUGGACUUUCUCUAACAGUUCCUCUAAUUCAGGAUUAAAAGGAUAUUACACACACACACACACACACACACACACACACACACACACACACACACAUAAUCUUCAUCAAUCUCUGUCAGUCCAUAAAAACGACUUUAAAUUUAACUUUACCUCUAAAACUGACUCUCCAAAAUCCACAAAAAGCUUAGACGACGACUCCAGCUGAUUAAUCAGUCUUUUGAAACAAAACGACAGGUGUAUGUAAAAAAAUGCUGUUAUUUCAAACAUUCAAAAUAUAUAUAUAUAUAUAUAUAUAUUUUUUUACCUGUAAACAAAAAUUAUAUUGAAAAUUGACAUAAAACGCCACUUUCCAACCGUCGCUCGCGCGUUCAUGAGCUCAGGUGACGCGAGCACGUAAUGAAACUCUCGCGAGAAUGCCGCACACGCAAGAGAGCCGCCAUUUUCGCGCCAGUUGUUGUUUUAUUUGUAUAUUAUAUAGCUAAUUAUUAUACAUUUGGAAUGGAAUAAAUGAUACGUUUAUUUUUUGGGGGUAGAGUAAUUCCUAUAAUGAAGGUUACGAUAGUAUUCUCAAAAAAAUACAUUUGUCAAAAUAAGAAUCACUUUAUUCUGUAAAUUAUCGAUGGAGAAAAAUCUAAUACCAAACUAGCAAUUCUACUUUGACACCGAAGCACGACGUGAAGAAAUAGACACACUUCGACUUUAAAGUGAUUCAGAGAAAGAAAUAAAAUAAUAAUCUCCUAAUAUGAAAGCAUAUAAGCUUAUAAAACCUACACAUACAAAUAGUUAUAGUAAACAAGAUUACAGAUGCCACACCGAUUCACUCAUACAGACACAUUUUUGAGAAUUCAGAAACAUAAUUCUGUAUAUAGCAGGGCAAAAACAAAAAAAAAUAAUACGUUUUGUACAAUAACACAGGAGGAUUUAGGCCUAAAGCACAAGGCAUCACAUAUAAAUAAAAUAUAAAAGCAUCAAACUAAGAAUUGCACAAAAUCAGUUAUUUGUGUGAAUUUAUACAAAUUAUUCUGUCUAUUACAGAUGUAAUGAAACAGAUAUGUACAGUAUAUCUCAGUAUAUCACAAUAUAUCUCAACUAGUAUCACUCUCAUCCAACUGUAUGCAGUUACUGUAGUCUUUGCAGUAUUUUCUUCUUUUAAUCAUGUUUCAUUUGCACUGUAGUCUUUACAGUAUUUCAUUUUAACCGUGUUUCAUUUGUGCUGUAGUCUGUGUGCAUUUCAAUGUUUUAUCAUGUUUAUCUUUUGACUUUAAUUUUACAUCAUUCACAUUGUUUUGUGGGUUGUUUUUUUUAGGUUGGUUAGAUGGUUUUAAUGGUUAGUUAGUAGGUUUUAAGUAUUUUAAGAAUGUCAUGCAUUUUCAGCUUGUUUAACUCUGGAUGUAUAUCAUAUGGUGCACAUCUCUAUAACUCAAUUCAAUACACAAUAUUACAUUUUUACUGCAA